AAAAACUCCAUUGUCGUUACCGGCAAAGAUGACCGCUGUACAAUUGCCGAAGCAAAAGGUACACGUGCUGGAAGGGCACGCCGGAGCAGUAUUAGCGGCAAGGUUCAACAGCAAUGGUGAGUACAUCCUGAGCUGCGGCAAGGACCGUACCAUACGGCUAUGGAAUCCUCACCGUGGAAUUCACAUCAAAACUUACAAAGCUCACGGCCGUGAAGUCCGCGAUGUCCACGUCACUCAGUAAUGGAAUCAAUCUUUGAUUGGUUCAGAGAGGUGUUGGUGUUACCAAGCAAAUGUAGAAGUUGACAUGUACUUUGUACUUCCCAAUCAUUCAAGUUUCUUCUGAGAAGAGAUCCCGCCCUUGAGCAGUAGAUAACUCAGCUAUCACAGCACUAUGUAGAGAGGAUAUGCUGUGAGAAACCAGAACUUCAUUAAAGUUGCUCCGAAUGAGUGCAUGUGCUUCCAGAUUCCUACUCCAAAAGAAGCACUUGAACCUUUUGUUACCCAGGACUUUCAACUUUUCAACUAGAACCUGGGAUAAUUCAAAACUUUGUUCAUGUGGUGGCGAUCGACAAGUAUUUUAUUGGGAUGUAUCAACAGGUCGUGUAAUUCGCAAAUUUCGUGGCCAUGACAGUGAGGUGAAUGCUGUGAAGUUUAAUGAGUAUGCUUCUGUUGUAGUAUCAGCAGGAUAUGAUAAAUCAUUGCGUGUUUGGGAUUGCAGAUCUCAUAGCACUGAACCAAUCCAGAUCAUUGAUACCUUUCUAGAUAGUGUCAUGUCUAUUUGUCUCACAAAAACUGAGAUAAUUGCUGGAAGUGUUGACGGAACUGUUCGAACAUUUGACAUCAGAGUUGGUAGAGAGAUAUCUGAUAAUUUUGGGCAACCUGUCAACUGUAUCUCUCUUUCAAAUGAUGGCAACUGUAUAUUAGCAAGUUGCUUAGAUUCAACCCUUCGACUUCUGGAUAGGUCUAGUGGCGAACUAUUGCAAGAAUAUAAGGGUCAUAUUUGCAAGUCUUUUAAAACAGAUUGCUGCCUCACAAACAGUGAUGCAAAUGUGGCUGGCGGCUCGGAAGAUGGCUAUAUUUACUUCUGGGAUCUGGUCGACGCGUCAGUUGUGUCCAGCUUCCGAGCUCAUGAUUUAGUGGUAACUAGCGUAAGUUAUCACCCAAAAGAAAGCUGCAUGAUAACUUCUUCUGUAGAUAGCACAGUCCGAGUUUGGAAAGCAUGAGAUAUGGAACCAGAUCUUUUCCCGAUAACCGUACAUGAAGAAAGUUGUGUACUCGAAUCAAACCAACAGUCUAUGAAAGAAUACGACUCACAUAGUCGGACAUGAGAAGCGUGGCAAAGCUAACACCUCAAUGCAAUCUCAAAGGUGCCAAUCUGGACUUUGAACUUACAAGUUGGUGAGCUUGAUUCUUUCCAGUUCAAGUCUGUAAUUACUAUUUAUGUGGUUGUAAUGUGAUCCUUCAUGAUAUAGUUUGUUGUUUGUGAUAUAGAACUUACUGCAGAAUGUUUUUUGAACCUCUCAUUUCACCCCUUCUCUUCUCCGACAUGUGACCGGGGAGGGUGGUGGUUUGGGUAGGAUGAUGUAGCUUUUCUAUGAUUGUUAAACAUAGAAAGUGGCUCUCUGACCAAUGACAAAUAUAAAGGAAAACAAAGAUUUAUUAGACUA